AUGAAAGGCUUCCGGCAGCGAGUGCACGAGCAGCUCUCGCGCAACAAAGACCGAGAGGGCAACAAACUCGCCAAGAAGAAGGACUCCUCUUCUGGCACCGCAUCUCCCCUCGGUGGACCUUCGAAUCAGUCGCCCUCGGGCUCUGCGCAGGCGACGCCGACCUCGUCCACCUCGAACCUCGUCGAUGCGCGGAACAAGUCGGUCCCAGCCCCCGAUGGCCCUACACAGUCUCACCCCGGCGCACCCAUGCCCGGCGGACAAGGAAGCAAUGCAAAUUCACAGCCAAACUCGGGCAUGUUCCAGCCACAUCCAGUUGUAUCGGGCAACAGCCCCGCGAAUGGGUCGAGUUCGACCGGUCAAAACACACCUGGGAGACAUGGACAGCAAAUGGCUCCCAGUGUUGUCAUAUCCCCCAGCGCGCCGCAUAUCCCACCUCCGGGCGCCGCCGAAACCAUGCCUCAUGAUCUCGCACCACCCAAAGCUGGAACAAAGAGCUUGCUGAUUGACCGGCUCCAAGCGGUUCCCAAGGACACCGUCCCUGAAGGAGUCAGGACGCCCAAACGACAACACUCUUCCCGCUUCGACAUCUCAGACCAAAGACAGCGCGAGCUCGAGAAACUGCCCGGCUUUCAUGAGGUCCCGCCGAAUCGCCGACAAGAGCUUUUCAUGCAGAAGCUCGAUCAGUGCAACAUCAUCUUCGACUUCAAUGACGCGUCCGGUGAUAUGAAGAGCAAAGAGAUCAAGCGAUUGGCGUUACAUGAAUUGCUGGACUACGUCGCCCAAAACCGACAGGUCAUCUCGGAGCCAAUGUACCCUCGAGUCGUCGAGAUGUUCUCCAAGAACCUGUUCAGACCCAUACCGCCACCAAUGAACCCGCAGGGCGAAGCAUUCGACCCAGAAGAAGACGAGCCGGUGCUGGAAGUUGCUUGGCCGCACAUUCAAGUCGUCUAUGAGUUUUUCUUGCGUUUCAUCGAAAGCCAGGAUUUCAACACGAACUAUGCGAAGCAGUACAUCGAUCAUAGCUUCGUGUUGCAAUUACUCGAGCUCUUCGACUCCGAGGACCCACGCGAACGAGACUUCUUGAAGACGACGCUGCACAGGAUAUACGGCAAGUUCCUCAACUUGCGGUCGUACAUCAGACGGAGCAUCAACAACGUCUUCUUCCAGUUCGUAUACGAGACCGAGCGCUUCAACGGCAUCGCGGAGCUUCUGGAGAUUCUCGGGUCCAUUAUCAACGGCUUCGCGCUGCCUCUCAAGGAGGAGCACAAGCUGUUCCUCACGCGCGUGCUCCUGCCUCUGCACAAGGUGAAGAGCUUGAGCAUGUACCACCCGCAACUGGCGUAUUGCAUUGUGCAGUUCCUGGAGAAGGACGCUUCACUUACCGAGGAGGUGGUGUUGGGUCUUUUGCGGUAUUGGCCGAAAGUCAACAGCACGAAGGAGGUCAUGUUCUUGAACGAGGUGGAGGAUAUCUUCGAGGUUAUGGAUCCGUCGGAGUUUGCCAAGGUGCAGGAGAGUUUGUUCAAUCAGCUGGCGAAGAGUGUGGCGAGUCCUCAUUUCCAGGUGGCGGAGAGAGCGCUCUACUUCUGGAACAACGAGUACUUCUGCAACCUGGUUAGCGACAACGUUGAUGUCAUCUUGCCUAUUAUGUUCGCGCCGCUAUACGAGAACUCGAAGGGUCACUGGAACCGAACAAUCCACGGCAUGGUCUACAACGCCAUGAAGCUCUUCAUGGAAGUCAACCCCCAACUCUUCGACGAAUGUACGCACGACUACACAGAACAGCAAUCCAACCUCGACGCCGUCAAGGCCGCGCGCCAAGCGAAAUGGGACCGGAUGCAAGAGCUCGCCGACGCGCGAAAGGCGGAGAACGGCACCGCUGCACCCGCUGUCCGACCCCCAGCGUCGACGGGGUAUGGCAGCAAAUCCAGCGUCACGAAAGCUGCUGCUGCGACGCCGAUGAGAGCCGAGGACGGCGAUCAGAUGUCCCGUGAGAGCCAGCAGCGGAUGGAGCGGUUACGGCUGCAGGAUGAUCGGGAGAGGCGGCCGAGGGAGAGCAACUCGGUACGUUGA